UCUUAAAACUGGGAUUGGUUGAAUUUAUCUCCGGGUUCAAUUGCGAUGACAUUCAAGCUGUGUAUUAAGCUGUGAAUCUGUUAUAUUGGGGUGAAUUUUACUGCAAACAAAUGCAAUUUAUAUCAAUUAACAAUAAUUAAUUAUGUGUUAAUGCUACUAAGGUAUUUGGUGUGACCCAAGAUGGCCGACAUUGCCGCACUGAAGAUUUUGAGUAGCCAGAUAGAAAGUUUCCAGAAGCUUCCUGACCCGCCAGAUACCCUGAGUGAUGCCGAGUUUGAUAACUACAAAGCAAGACUGGAACAGUCGAUUGGCAAAGGUGUUAAAUCCGUUCAAGAUGUCAGCGCAUACGCUGAAAACAUCAUCAAAAAGCUCGAUGAACUGAAGAAAUGUCUACCAGAACAAGUUAAACGAAUUCAAGAUGCAAUCAAGGCCUUGUUUGGGAGACUCGUCGUCGUUCCACCCGGAGGUACACUGCCUAACGAGAAUUUGAAGUUCAUGCAGAGAAUACAUGAGUUGGAGAUGAAGGCGAAAGAGCUAAUGAACCAUCGUCUUAAUGAGCUCAUAUCUGAGACAGAGUCUGUCUGCGCACGACUGAAAGACGGUGCAGCUCUAACCGUGGGUGAUAUCGAUAAUUUAAAAGGUUGUCUAGAAAGCUGGGAAAAAUCAAAACAGGAGAGUUUUGAUGAAGAGAAACGUCGCAAAGAAGAAGAAAGACGCCGUAAAGAGCAAGAAGAGAGGCGACGUCGCGAAGAAAACGAGAGGCGAAAACAGGAAGAAGAAGAAAGGAAAAGACAAGAGGAAGAAGAGAGAAAACGGCGCGAAGAAGAGGAGCGGAGAAGACGGGAAGAGGAAGAAAGGCAAAGGAAAGAAGAGGAAGAGCGACAGAGACGAGAAGAAGAAGAGAGAAUAAAGAGAGAGAAAGAAGAACGUUUAAGAAGGGAAGCUGAAGAUCGAGAGAAAGAAAGGCAGAAGAAGCUAGAUGAGGAGAAAUUGAAGCGGGAAAUGGAACGACAAAGGCAAGACGCCGAGGCGAGAGAGAGGGAACGGCGAAGAAAGGAGGAAGAGGAACGGGCUAAGAGGAAGGAUCCCAACAAUUGGGAGCCAAUUGUUUACGACCGACCUUGCGACGAAGUUGGAGGAAAAAAGGCGUUUCAUUCCGGUGUAUGUUGUAUGGUAGCAGCGCCUCCGGGAGAUAUAGCGAGAGAAGAUGUGGAAUGUAACGCUAGUGACGAACUUGAUGACGUCAUUGAGAUUCUUGACGACGGUGAAAAACCGGCAAGCUCGAUUAUCAAUAUUGAGUCAAAGAAAGGACUUCUAAAAUCAGAGUGUCCGUCACGAGUAUAUAUCCCGCAUUGCCCAGUCAACAAUUCGAGUGACGAGUUGGUCCUGAAAGUUUCUGUGAACGGAAGCGAUUGGGAAACAGCAGGGGUUGUUAGCCCAACUCAGGCAAUGUCGGAAAAUAAGAAAAAUAUCCCAGUCAGCAAUCUCGUCGGCUUUGAGUUAAGCGAGUUUGAGAAUAUAAAGAUCAUGGUUAUUGCAAGACCACGUGGUCAGACUGUGAUUGUCGACAAACCUGGACUGAAUUUCAACUCAAUUACCGACAAGAAUGUCAAACUAUUUAUGCCAAGAGACGCCUUUCCAUCAAGGACUGAAGUUCGGCUGGUUGUUAACCCUAUUUCGCCCGAAACAAUUGUCCAGAAUGCGAAAGACGACAGUCUGUGGGAAAAUGUCAUGUCGACUAGUUCUAUGAUAUCAAUCUCCUGUCAACGAGCGCCUGCAAAGGAAAUUGAGGUUGACAUAACACAUCAUACCACAGCUUCAGGAGGGCGUAGUUCACGUGGAAAACUGUACCACAUGUUUACAACAAGAGAUAAAGUAUGGAAAUUUGCUGACAUGGAGUACAAGGGGACCAAAGAUGUGGUAUCCGUCACUCUGCCUGCCUUCAAGGACAGAUUCAGUUUAUUUGAACUUGAAAUGCCUGCCAACAUCCCUAAAGAAACAGCACUGAAGGUUGCGCAAUCAUGUCACGAACAAAUGUUUAAGUCCCCGGUGAGAAUGAUUGUACGGCAGCGAGACGUUGAUCCACAGAAAGCGUUAGUUAUGAUCGCAGGCAAAAAACAUGUGAUAAAUUUUAUUGAUCAAUUGAAGAAUGAUGGGUACAGUUAUGGUCCUGAUGUUACCAAACAGUUUGGGCUAAGAGACGGACAGAGGUUGAUACUGACCUGCGCCGGAAACAUUGGUACAUCGUCAGGAAAGAACGGAGUGGUCAAGAUGACAUACUACACCUAUAUGAACGUGAUAAAAGAACCUCUACAGUUACACGUGGUUGACAUGUACAAACAAAAGGAUCUCCAGGAAUAUUGCGGGAUCGUUCGUCUGACAGUCGAUAAUGGGACAGAGUUCCCAGACGAACAAUUUGAUUUGACUGUCACACUACCAAAGAUUGAGAGACAAAAGACGAUAUUUCCAGGGACACGCGUUCGAUUUCCUUAUUAUCUCACCGCCCUGGCUGGUUUUCUGAGCCGACAAGUUUGUGAAAAUGAUGAACUUUCAUGGAAGGAUGUCCUACUUGGCAUAGUUGGGAGUAAACGUGAAUUGGAGUCCUUAAUCCGGGUUGCAAAGAGAAAAGUUGAAGACGACAACGAUGCACCAUCUGUGUGCACAGUUACUCUGUGUGAUUGGAUGAAGGCAACUACGAAAAAAGAAGAUAAGGUAUAUCACAUUUUAGAUACGCUUGACUAUGAAGGCCUCUAUGAGUUACAUAAUAAAUGCAGUGCAUUUGUACAGUUCCAGAAAGAGGUGAUGACGGACACCGCUCUUUCGGAAAUAUCGUCAACAACUAGCAAAUCUGCUAAUGUGUUGGCGGAAGACCUGCAUUUGAACAAAGAGGCUGUUGACAGAUGCAAGAAGGAAUGUGGAGAGGACAGUUUAGUCCUUCAUCUUUUGUACGAGUGGAGGGAAUCGGAUGAAGCCAUCAAGUAUGGCGAUCGGGCCUUGGAUAGGCUACGGGCAUUGUGUGGUGUAUGAAAUUUGAUAGUUAAAACAUAAUUAACGGGGAGGAUGAGAUGCCACCUCUGACUGUUUCUAUAAUCGGAUGUUUCCCUUUCAUUUCUCAACCAGUAUCGCAUAAAUUAUUACUGGUACUGUUUACGUGCAAAAAAGGAACACGGAACACAUCCAUUUUUAGUUUUUAGUUUUUUAACACUGUACGUUCUACAUUUUUUGUAAUUAUCACACCAUUGCUAUUAAUAUUGCUUAAAAGUGACCAUUAUUUUUUAAUGUUGUAGCUUAUUUUGAAUUAACCAGAGUCCGCACUGUACUGUAUGGCAAAGUUAACGCAAUUAUAAAACACAACUUGCUUAAUUGUUUUGGAGGUGUGUGUUACUGUUUUUUAUAUUGUCUGUCUUAUAGUGUGUCUUCUUCAUCAGCAAACUUAUUCGAUAUAUGCACGUAAAACGGUGUAAGGAACACUUACUAAUGGUAUGAAAGCAUUUGGUGUUAUAUAUAAUAAAUGUAUUUAAGUUUAUAUAA